AUGUAUUCAACGCAACAAUUCAAUAUUAAUAAUCCUUUUGAAAUAGCAGAAUUCACAGAUGACACGUUCGAGGAAUUUCUUUUAAAUAAUAAUAGCAUCACUACUUUUAAAGAAUUAAGACUUUAUGAAAAUCAAAUAAAGAGAUUUUUCAACCAUCAUAGACAAUUAAAGGAUGAAAACCAAUUAUUAACGGAGGAAAAUUUGGUUUUGGUUGACACAAAUAUUAAAUUGGAAUUGGAAGUUAGUAAACUUAAAAACGAAAUUAAUGAGCUCGAAGAUAAUAAAUUUCAAUUAGUGCAAGAUAUCUACAACAAUAUUAAAAAUAAACAUAACGACAACCUAAUGCUGAUAAAAGAACAAAUCGAAUCAGAAGCAAUCGACAAAUCAAUCAUCAAAGAAAUCAAUUCGUUACAUUGUAAGAUUGCUAAAUUCGUGACUUCUUUAAAGCAAGAAGACAUGGUUUCGGUUCAAAUUAAGGAAGUGCAAAAACUUUUAUCCGAAUAUGGAUCUGAGACUAAGAUUUAUUCAUUAAAUGACUUACCUAUCAUGAGCGCAAUUUUACAAAGAUCGGUGUUUGAUCAUAUUAAUGAUCCUUUAAAACAGUUAGAGUUUAGCAAUUUAUCAAAAGAAAUAGUUUACGACUUCAUUAGACUAAUAUAUUUUAAUCCAAAGGAAAAAAUCGAAUUCAUUUGGAUCCCAAAUAGUUUUCAUUUGGAUUUGAGAUUAAUGAAAAUUUUAAAUAAUAAUUAUAAUUUGGACAAUGAUGACAACAUUACAUUUGACAAUUAUUUGGUUGAUUUUUGUAGUUUUCCUUUAUUUGGCAAAAACUUAUACGAUUAUUCAAAUGAUAAUAAAUAUUACACUUUGGCACAAAUUUAUCCAAAGAAAAAACAUUUUUGA